CAUUUCGAUAUUGGUCGGUACGGUACAUUUACCUUGGUUCUUGUGUAGUCUUUCAUCGAUACAAACCCAUAAUAUUACCUGGACACCCUCUCGUUUUGUCGUUUGCACGAUUUUCCGGCUUUUCUUUCUUAUAAAAGCUUACCGUCCAUUCCUACAUCUCCCCUCGCCAACCCCCCCUUUCAUCAACAUCGGAAGAACACACCCGUCACCAUGUGGUACCAUGUCGCAGAGCCGAAUUCCUAUCUCGUGAUUACGGGUGUAGGAAUCGAAAAGGUGCUCAUCAAGAAGAAGGCGUUUGUGUACCCGUUGCAAAAAGUAUCCAAGAUCUCCAUUACGCCAUUCGACUUUUCCAUGUCGCUGCAGGCCAUGACGAUUGAGAAGCUCAAGUUCUCGCUUCCGGCAGUCUUCACGAUUGGGCCUGCAGAUAGCCCCGCAGCGCUGGAGAAAUACGCUGUUCUGCUUACGGGCGAGAGCGACGGCAGACCGACGCAGAAUGCGUCCAAGGGAGCGGUCAGCGUCGCCGAGGGACGCAGCCAUGUGCAGGACAUUGUCAAGGGUAUUAUUGAAGGAGAAACGCGGUCGAUUGUGUCUACCAUGACCAUGGAGGAGCUGUUCCGCGAGCGCAAGAUCUUCAAGGACAAGGUGAUUCAGCAAGUGCAGAGUGAACUCGACCAGUUUGGUCUCUGCAUCUACAACGCAAACGUCAAGGAGCUGCAAGACACGCCGGGCUCCGAGUACUUUGCUUUCCUUUCCCGCAAGGCGCACGAGGGUGCUCUCAACCAGGCCAAGGUCGACGUCGCCCAUGCCCGCAUGCAGGGCGAGGUUGGCGAGGCUGAAAAGCAGGGAAAAACCAAGCAGGAGGUUGCCAAGAUCCACGCGCAAACAGCUGUUCUCGAGACUGAGCGCAAGGCUGAAAAGGCCACGGCAGACGCAAAGUUUACAGACAAGGAGAUUGAGAUUAGCAGGGACCUCAACGUCGCCAGGAUCAACGCUAAACGCGAGGCCGAACGCCGCGAUGCAGAGCUGCAGAUGGAAGUCGAGAAGAAGAGGGCUCUUAUGGAACUUGAGCGUCUGCGAGCCACCAAGGUCGUGCAGGCAAAGAUUGAGAAGGAAUCGUCGCAGGAAAAGGCCGACGCACAGCUUUACGCCCAGGAGAAGGCUGCCGAAGGUAACAAGUACGCUGAGCAGGCUGAGGCCGAGGCGGCUGCAUUCCGGCGCCUACGCGAUGCAGAGGCAGACUUCCAGGCCAAGGAGCGCGAGGCCGAAGCAAACUUCAUUGUGACCAAGCGCGCGGCCGAAGCAGAGUACUUUGUGCAGGAGCGCCAGGCCCAGGCCCAACUUAUCAGACAGCAGCGCGAAGCAGAAGGUCUCUCUGCAAUGGCCAAGGCCUACGGCGACAUGGCCAACGUGCUUGGAGGACCCCAGGGUCUCAUGCAAUACCUCAUGCUCACCAACGGAACGUACGAGAAGCUGGCCGAGGCUAACGGAAACGCCAUCAAGGGCCUUCAGCCCAAGAUCAAUGUCUGGAACACGGGCAGCCAAGGAGGCGACGGCAUGGCUGAUCCUUCGGCUCCUAUCCGUAACCUCUUUCAGAGCCUGCCACCGCUGCUGAGCACCAUUCAUGACCAGACGGGUAUGGCGCCACCGAGCUGGCUGGCGCAGAUGCCGCAGAAUGGCAACAUGAGCAAGAUGCAUUUGAGGAACGGGAGCGAUGUUUCGCCAUAGGAAUGGCAUUGGUCUUACUAGACACAAUGAUAUCGAACGAAUUCGUCACAGACGAAGACUGAGGAGUAGAUAUACGUGUUGGCGAUGUUGUACGAUUGCUUUUUAUACCCCGGGUUCAGCUGUGUAGCUAGGAGUUGGGGACCUGUUGUGAUUGCGUCAUCUAGUCAUGUUCCUUUUGUCAGUGUUUCUUCUUGCAUUAUAUCGGGAUAGAUUAAAUUGUAUAACGAGAGAUUAUAGCUUAC